AAGGACUUCAGGAUUAUGACAGAUAACCAACUCAGCAUGAACUCCCUGUGUGAUGCUACGGCUAAGAGAGCCAACACAAUCCUCGGAUGUAUAAGCAGGAGACCAUCACCUCUGUUUACAGCACUGGUGGGCACAUUACCAGAUACCGUGUCCUGUUCUGCCAUCCACACUUCAAAAAGAAUGUUUUUGAGAAACUGGAAAAGUUCUGAAAAGAACUAAAAAGGAUGCUUCGAGGUCUGGAAACCUUGUCUUAUAGUGAAAGACUAAAGAAGUUCAAUCGACUUGGUUUUUCAAAAGAAGGUUAUUCCCCAUCUACAAGUACCUUAAUGGCACUGAUCUCACCAACAGCCCGUGACUGUCGAUUACAGAUGACUGGCCAGAUUCAUCAGUGUGCUCUGGCAAUGCAAAGCUGCUAUAAACCCAUCUUUCCUGUCUGGAGUGCUCUGGUGCAUGGGUGAAUCUGUGCUGAAAACUAGCCCAGUAUCCCAGGCUGGUCUGCCUUGGGGGGAACCUCCUCCCUGCGUGCCAUGGAUUCAGCACCUCAGCCAGCCUCUCCACCAACAACCCCAUGUGGAAAUGCAGGAUCAAAUACACCACCAGGCCCAUUGGCAUGAAAAAGACAGGUGGCCGUGAUCACACAGGUCGUAUCACUGUGCAUGGGAUCGGCGGGGGGCACAAGCAGCGCUACCGCAUGAUUGACUUCCAGCGGCUGCGCUAUGUAUCUGGGGCUGAGUCAGGCCCCUAUGAGGAGAAGGUGAUCCAGGUCCGGUACGACCCCUGCAGGUCGGCUGAUAUCGCCCUGGUGGCUGGCGGCACGCAGAAGCGCUGGAUCAUUGCGACAGAAAACAUGCAGCCUGGUGACCUCCUCAAAACCUCAGGGCACAUAGGCAGGAUGGCAGUCUCUGCCAAUGAGGGGGAUGCGUACCCAUUGGGAGCUCUGCCUGUGGGGACCCUGAUCAAUAACCUGGAAAGCCACCCUGGGAAAGGAGCGCAGUACAUCCGAGCAGCAGGGACCUGUGGGGUGUUGCUGAGGAAGGUGAAUGGAACAGCCAUCGUGCAGCUGCCGUCUAAAAGACACAUACAGGUGCUGGAGACCUGCAUGGCCACCGUGGGGCGAGUUUCCAACAUUGACCACAACAAGCGGAUCAUUGGGAAAGCUGGCCGGAACCGCUGGCUGGGGAAGCGCCCGCGCAGUGGCUUAUGGCACCGCAAGGGCGGCUGGGCAGGACGCAAGAUCAAACCACUCCCACCUAUGAAGAGCUACGUCAACCUGCCCACAGCAGCAGCUCGGGCUUGACACCUGGCACCCGCCCCUCAAUGGCUCUCAAUAAAAUCAGCCCCUCAGCUCUCA